AUGGAAGGAAUAGAGUAUCUAAUCAUUUUCCUAAUUUUUACUAUCGGUUCUUUUGCUAUAUUCACUGUUCUUCUCUAUUGUUGCUAUAUAGGCAUGAAACGUUGUGCUCGUCGUAAAUGCAAGGAAGAUCCACUACUUGUACAUCCACCUCAAGAGCUAGUAGUUGAUGCACUCAAAGGGAACUGUAACGAAGAAAGUGACUUCUACGUACUAUCCUUCUAG